CAGCAAUUUUUAACUUACUCGUUUUAUAAAUCUCUCUCCUCCCUCCCUCUCUCUCUCCAUCUCUCCCGCUGGAUAAAUCUCUCUCUCACUUUUUAUAUAAAUCUCUCUCUGCGUUUCUCUUUCUCUCUCAAUUUUUAUAUAAAUCUCUCUCUCUCAGAAUGUACUACAGUAAAUAGGGUACACAGAGAAAGAACUGCAGUGAAUAUAGUACAGACAGGUUACAGUUCCCGAGAAGCCUUCUUUCAUUUCAUAAAUGGGAGUUCGUGGGUUUCAAGAAUAGUAUCAUUUGUUGCUUCACUCUUCCUCCAUCUUGAAAAGAUUCAAACCCAUGUUUUGUACUUACUUUAUAGUGUCUCUAGGUGUUUGACGAAAUGCCUGACAGAGAUGGUUACUAAAAUUGUGGCCUCUCACUGGCUUGUUCCUCAUUUCUCUGUGACCCAUUUGAGUCUUCCUGUGAUUUCUUUCAUGGGUUUUGGGAAUUAUGGGGGGAGGAGAGGUGGGGUAUCUUUGGUUUUGAGGGGGUAUGGGGGUUCUUUAGGGUUCGUGGAGGGGAGAGGGAGAAAGGUUGAAUCUUGGUGGUGUUUGUGUAAAGGGGGGGAGGGGAUUGAUGGGGAGGUGGGAUUGGAGGCUGAGAUUUUGGAGUUUAUGAAUAAAUCGGAGAAGCCCGAUAAGUUUCCAACUAAGAAGGAGCUGAUUGAUGGUGGGAGGAUUGAUUUAGUUGAGGCUAUUAUCAAGACUGGUGGUUGGCUUUCUUUGGGAUGGGAGACUGAUGAUGAUGAAUGUGACGAGUUGGAGGAAUGUACAGUGAAGGAUAGUGAAAGUGCUGACUUUGAUAUUGUUGAUUUUCAAGAAAGAGUUAAGAGUCUGCAAGGGAGAAUUUCCUUUCAGGAGGAUGAAGUUGAGUCUAUGUAUUCGUCUCAAUCAGUUUCGUCGUCUGGUAGAUCAGUAGAUGUCGCUGCUGAGGAUAACUCGGGAAUCAUGGGUAUUCUCAACCGAUUGGAGAAAGAUAGAAUUAUGUCGUUGGGAACAAGUACUGGGCACCAAAGUAAAGGGUCUAGUGAGAAUGGAGAUCAUUUAGGGUACUCCAGAGAUAUGAGUAAGACGGAAAACAUCAGAGCCGGAUCAGGUAGCCCAACUAAAAGAAUGGUUAAUAAUUUAGUCAACGAUAUUAGCAGCAAUGGAUCUGUAUCUGGCGUUGAUGAUGUAAGAUACUCGGGCAACCCAAAUAUGUGGAGAACUUGGAGUAGGGAACGAGCAGGCUUGAAAGAUAUGGAGUUUGAAGCUGCCGAAAUUUGUUUCGAUGAAUGUCAAUUCCAAGGGAAGGAUGGCCAAUCAGAAGACAUUAUACUUUCAAUAACUGAUGGUACGACUGAAGCUUUAAUUGAAACGAGUGAGCUUAAUCACAUACAAAUUCAAACUCGACUUCAGCAAAUGGGACGUGAGCUUGCCUCUACACUUCACUUCUUAAGGUCCCAAAGCAAAGAUCUUACACAUAAGGAUCAUAUUCAUGGAAACAACUAUGGAGAGUUGCAGAAGAUUUAUGAUACAUGGGAAUUUCAUGAAAAUGAUGUCAUAAAUGCUCGGGCCAAGUUGCGGUCUAUUCGUGCAAAGUUAGCAAUAUUAGAAGGGAAGAUGGCUCUAUCUAUAAUUGAAUCACAAAAGAUAGUUGAAGAGAAGCAGAGGAGGGUUGAUUGUGCCCGGAGAGCCCUUCAACUUCUCCAGAGCAUUACCAUAAUUUGGCCUAAUUCAGCCUCGGAGGUUCUGUUGACAGGAUCUUUUGAUGGUUGGACCACUCAGCAGAGAAAGAUGGAGAAAUCAAGAACUGGUAUAUUCUCUGUGACACUACAACUGUAUCCUGGUAGAUAUGAGAUCAAGUUCAUUGUAGAUGGUGCAUGGAGAUGUGACCCCUUACGACCCACUGUUCACAACGACGGAUAUGAGAACAAUUUACUAAUCGUUACAUGAAGAUAGGUGCGUCAUGACAGCAAAAGAAAAUGAUAAGCUAAUUUAGUACUAUUUUCUUGUAGUUGACAAUUUUUUUCCUUUAGGACAUUUGUUAGGGUCAAAAGGGAAUGUUAGGUGUAGGUUUUUCUCAUUAUUGUAACCAUAAAUCAAUUGUGCAUAACUUUACCUAAUUGUACUUGUUUUUAACCCUUGCUAUGCUAGCAUCUUGUAAUUCUUGGUGUAAUUGACCUUGUUUACAUAAAGGCAGUGUAAUUGUAUCAUUAAGAACGUCUCCUGAAA